AUGCCAACCAUUAUUGGCGUGGAUGUUGGGGGUACCAACACAGAUGCUGUAGCUAUCGACUUAUCUUUGAGCGAAACAAGGCCCAUUGAUAGCAUACUCGGUUCUGCAAAGAUCCCUACAACUUCAGACACAAGCCAUGGCAUAAAUGAAGCUCUCAAGGAAGUCAUUAGCGGCCUUUCGCAGAAGGCCAGAGACGACAUUAUCGCCAUCAAUAUCGGAACUACGCACUUUAUCAAUGCUGUCAUCGAAAAGGACUCCAGAAAACUGGGCAAGAUUGCAGUUCUGCGCCUGAGCGGGCCAUAUGGCAGGGAGGUGCCUCCAUUUGCAGGUCUUCCUGAUGAUCUAAGGGAGAUUGUCGAAGGAUACAGCGAGUCCUUACCAGGCGGCCUAGAAAUUGACGGCAGAGUUAUUACGCCACUUGACGAAGAUGCUGUGAAGAGAGCAGUAGAGGAGAUCCGGAAAGCAGGAAUUAGAGACAUUGCGGUUAUUGGGAUUUACUCUCCGAUAGAUUCCGAACUUCGUCAAGAAGCUAGGGUCGCUGAGAUUCUUCGUUCUGUCCUGGGAGAGGACAUCAACGUUACCCUUUCACACAAUGUGGCAGGCAUCGGGUUCAUUGAGAGAGAGAAUGCCACCAUCCUCAACGCAACCAUAUUACCAUUUGCCCGCAAGACGAUCCGACAGUUUCAGAGGUCCAUUCGAGAUUUAAACCUCUCAGCAAAUUUAUUCCUCACCAAGAAUGACGGCACCCUAAUCAGUGCAGAAGAUGCAUCAGCUCUACCCGUUUCGACCUUCUUAUCCGGCCCAACAAACUCACUAACAGGAGCCGUCUUCCUCGCCAAUAUUCAAGACCGUCUCAACCAGGGCGCUCUGGUCCUCGACAUUGGCGGAACAACCUCUGAUGUCUGCGCUGUAGAGCCAUCAAGCCUUCCACGCCCAGCAGCAGCAUUCUCCCAUCUAGCAGGUGUGAGGACAAACUUUGCUGUCUCCGAUUUGCGAAGCAUAGGUGUGGGAGGAGGUUCCGUUGUCCAGCUGAGCGACUCUGGGGACGUCAUCGUUGGGCCUCGGUCUGUAGGAAAAGACUUGACACGACAGGCCCGAGUUUUCGGAGGUUCCACCUUGACUACCACAGAUAUCCUAGUCGCCAGCGGGCUUGAAGGGAUAGGUGACCGGUCGCUGGUUUCCGAUAUCCCACCAUCUGCCGUUGGCCAAGUCAAAGACAAGAUCAAUCUUCUACUGUCAACAGUCCUUGACGAAAUGAAGACCACCGAAGCGGAGGUUCCAGUUAUUCUGGUAGGAGGCGGCAGUAUCCUCUGUUCCGAAAAACUGCAGGGUGUAUCAGACAUCAUUCGGCCUCCCUUCGCCCAGGUCGCCAACGCUGUUGGUGCAGCAAUGGCAAGAGUCUCGGGUGUCAGUGACGCUAUCGUCCACGUUUCUGAUGAAAAGUCAGAGGAAGAAGCCGUGAGACGAGUUCGAGAGCAAGCCAUCUCUCAAGCUCGCCAAAAUGGGGCAGACAAUCCUGAAGUUGUAGAGGAGACUAUCCUGCCGGUUCCCUACGUCAGCACCAGGUCCCUUCAUAUCAACGUUCGGGCUGUCGGUAGACUUUCCACAACGGGUUUCACGCAUAACCAAACAAAGCCCUUGUCUUUGGCCCAGGAUACAGAGCAAGACUCCAAUGGCAGCACGCUUGAAACCUCCACGUCGAAAACUUCCACGUCCACGGCAGAGCCAUCUUCCAGCGUCGAUUAUAAAUCACCGCCUUCCGUACUCACUGCAUCUUACCGCCCAAAGAUUGUUGAUGGCCGAUGGACCUUAUCUCAAAUCGACCUCGACCUGAUUGCGGAAGGUUGCGCCAUCCUUGGUUGCGGCGGUGGAGGCGAUGUUUACGCAAGCCAUCUCAGCGUAAAGAAGCUAUUUGCUGCUGGUGGCUCUGUGGAUGUGAUAUCUCCCAAUGCCUUGCCCGAUGAAGGAUUCAUCCCGGCCGUUGCUGUCAUGGGUUCUCCAAGUACCUUCUCAGAACGGCUCCCAUCUGGUGAGGAGCUCAAGAACUCAGUCAAGGCUGUGGUGAAAUCACAAGGCCUCGGCCUCGAUGACUUGACUGCCGUGAUGAGUCUCGAAAUUGGAGGUUCAAAUGGCAUGAGAGGGAUUCAAGCGGCACUCUGGACAGGCAAACCUCUCAUUGAUGGCGACUUGAUGGGCCGCGCGUACCCGAACCUAUGGCAAGUUACCCCUAAUAACGCGAGUAUAUCACUUGCACCUGCGGCUGCCUCCGACGGAAAGGGAAAUACGGUAGUUCAAGUUCAAUCGAACUCCAACAGAGACAUUGAGGACGUUCUGCGGGCUGUGUGCGUUCAGAUGGGACAGGCAGCAGGCAUAUCCCUCGGAGCACUGACAGGCCAGCAAGUGAAGCAAGUCGCCGUUCAGUCUUCAAUCUCUCUUUCUUGGAGCCUUGGACGGGCAGUACAGCUAGCCAGAGCAGAGAAGCGUGAUAUUGUGGACGGCAUCCUCGCUACCCAUCCUGGAAGAAAGAUUCUCACUGGUAAAAUCACCAGCGUGACGCGCCAUGUCCGCGGUGCCUUUACCGAAGGCGCAGCCAAGAUUGUACCCUUCGACACAGAAGCACCAGCUGAAACCGAAAUCAAAGUCACAUUCCAGAACGAGAAUAUCCACGCGUUCCGAGUCAAAGAUCAGGUCACCCUUGCCAGUGUGCCUGAUCUUAUCUGUCUGCUCGAUGCCGAAGACGGUAGGGCACUUGGCACGCAAGAUUAUCGAUACGGGCUUCGAGUUCACGUUGUGGUCUUGGUUGGAAACUCGCAGUGGACAGAGGGAGAAGGUCUAAAGAACGGAGGGCCCGCAGCUUUUGGCGAAAGCACUACCUUCAGUCAUUAA